GUUCAAAGCGGUUCAAAGUUUGUUGUCGGCUGGAGUACGGGAGAUCAGAAACUUCCGACUACUGUGCUUCAGACGUUGAUGCACUUCAAAUGCGACUCCGUCUGUAGCAUUGCUGUUCUCCGACCUAGGGGUCGUGGUGCUGUGUUGUUGACAUAGCUGAACACAUCACGAUGGUAUCCUUACUGUGUGAGCUGCAAUUUUGGACCAUGAAAGAUGAUGUUGAAAUCAAAGGUAGUGAUUUGGGCUGCUUCAAGCUCUACGACAAAGGUGAUCUCGAUCCGGAAGAGCUGUACAUAGACGCAAAGGAGGCAUAUGCUAAAGCCAAGGGUAUCAUGUGGACUCCAUCCAACAAGCGACCGGAGAAACUGCGAGAGUGCAUCUGGGAGUUCGAGGAUAUCAUGAAUGCCCAAAAGUGCAUCAGCGCAAGAUGGAUUACGUCUGGACUGUUGGAGUUUUUCUUUCAAAGCGGCGUCUGCAUCUUUGUGCAAGUUGACCCCGACUCGUGCAAGCUGCGAAAGGUCACCGUUGAUCGAUAUCUUGUUGGCCGACUUGCUUCGGAACAUGUGACAGAUGCCAUUCUGGAAAACCACAGCUUGCUGAUCUCAUACUAUGAGCCUAAGAUGACGUACGCCUGUUUUGGGAAGCCACUGAUUGGAACAGAUGGUGUGCGCAAGCUGUCUUCUGUCGACGCCAAGCUUGUCACGUUUGAUAUCCUGGGAUUGGCAGGGCGGCGACUCGAACGGAAGCUGAGCCUCAAUUCACUGAAAGACUGGGUGCUAAACUGGUGGUCGGUGGGUGAUGGGGAAGUGUGGCCCUGGAUGCCCUCGACCUCCAAUCGUGAAAGGUCAAACAUGGUUGUCUAUGCUCUGAAUGGGCCCAACAUUGAGUUACUAACCUAUGGAAGAAUCGACAAGGUUCCAGUUUUGGUGUCAUUCAGUCAGUAUCAGUCGAACAAACUCCUGAUUGUUGAAGAGGACGCUUCCCGUGGCGGCAGUGUUGCCGUUGAUGUCUGUGUCUACGAGCUUGGCAGAGGAAAGUUUGAGAGAGUUUCAAUGAUAUCCAUCUCUUUACAAGGCCGUGUUGUCACUUCCCAGUGGAACAAUGCAGAAGACAAGCUUGUGCUGCUUUGUGACGAUGCAUCCUUGGUCCUCUAUGAUGCCGUGCGCCAGACCACGCACUUCACGACAACUUCUUUUGUUGGGACAAAAGUCACCUGGCAUCCGAGUGGCUGUGUCAUGUUCUUCGCCUCUGAAGAAGGUCAGCUUCAGUGCUUCGACGCAGCUCUGUCCACAAUACAGCUGAGGCUUAACGACGAGUCUGCAACUGCUGCACCAACUUUGAACAUAGGCUCCUAUUUAAGCAACAGUGGUUCCUUGCAUCGGCUGAUGUGGCAGUCAAACGGUGACGCCGUCUUGCGCUGCCCCACUGCUGCAGUUUUCAACUGCGCCGCCUUGCUGUUUGACGGUGGUCCACUGGCCAUCCUCAAGUUACCACUUGGCUUGCUCACCAGAGGGCAGCUGGGACCACUUGAGCUUGUGUCGCAGUACCUGAAGCACUUGCAAGUAGAUGAGGCUGUUCACCUCCUGUUGAGCCUGGACUGGGGUCGUGUUGCAGAGCUGUCUUUCGUGUGCCUCAGCAAGAUAGUCAACUACCUGCUUCGACAGCCCCUGGAUUCCAAACAUGAAGUUCAACUGGAGACGGCACUGGGAAGCUUCUAUGGACCUGCCCAGCCAAUACCAGAGUCGGUGGUUACCGAAUACGGGGCUCGCAUCAGCCACCUGGCGAGGCGGUUUUUUCAUCACCUCCUAAGGUUCGACAGGCUGGAAAAGGCCUUUCUUCUGGCCGUUGACUUGGGAUACUGGGAUCUCUUCAUGGACCUGCACAACAUUGCAAAGAAGAAGGGAGAAACUGGUCUCGUGGAGGUUGCCCUGCGACGUGCCAAUGCCCUGAAGCCAAGCCGGGCACUGUCCGACUGCGAUUCAAAUGACUGUGAUUCGUCAAGCGAGCUCACCGACGACUGUUGCUCAAGCGACGAUGGGGCCCGCUGCAGUCCGGCUGUGGCUAUGGCUGUGGCAUCCUGCUCUGGGGCCACAGGUGUUUCGGAAUCUGGUCGCCUUAGAUUGCCUCCGCAAGGCCAGUCACCGAACCUACGACCGUCCAUGCCAACUGGUUUCACAGCCAGUGGUGCCGGCACCAGCGGUUACCACUGGCCACCACCACGAGCGGUGCCGGUCACGCAGGCGGCAGAGGAAGACCUCAUUGACCUGAGCGACGACUACGAGUGCACGUCGGAAGGCGUGCGGGUCGCCGUGCCGAUCAUUGACCCUCUGGUUCCGCAGAUGUUGGCUUCCGCCACAAUGCAGCAGUCUGUCAUUAGACCGAUUCCGAGGAUCCAGCCAGCCGACCCAAGGAGAGCUCCGACAGAACUGAGCUCCAUCGGAUCCGAAGCCUACAACCAUCACAGAGCUGUGCCGCAUUCACCUUCUGGAGCUCCAGCCGCUGCUGCAAACCUGGCUUCGCUUGACGGUGACGUAUCCGGUGAGGAACUGUUGCAGGGCCAGGCCAUUCAGUGUGUUCACUUCGGAGUUGUCUAGAAGUGGACGGAGUGUGAGGACCACGGCCACACAUCAUGACCAAAAACAAGAACGCAGAAGCUGGUUUUCUGUGAAAAUAUGUGUAUUUAUUCUCAUCUGUGUUACAUGUACUGAAGCUAUGUUUAUAUACAGGGUCAAGUCGGUUUGGUUGAUACAAGAAGCAGCUCUGUUGAUUCGGCCAAUCUCUGGCUUUUUCCCAGAGGGAAGUUGCUGGUGUGAUGCUUCCGUCAAAGAACAUUGCAAAGCUCAAACACUUCUUUCCAGCGGCCGGUGCACCAAUUAUGAUCAAAUUUUUGCAUUUAGAAAAGGCAGUAGAAUUCUUGUGGCUGAUUCUUUCUUUUCUUUUUUUUUUUCUUUUGCCAUACUCAAGAUCAUCAUUUCAUGAUUCAUUACAUGUUUGUGCAAAAUGACUUUGUGUGUAGAAUAAGAGAUUGUUAUCAGUAUUAUGCAUUGAAAGAAUGUACCCAGCAGACGACGUUAUAGGAGUUUUCGCACAUUGUAAGUUUCGAAAUUUGAAUGGUAUAGAAAUUUGAGCUGCCUCUAUUUUUUACAUGCAUUGCAGUCUCAAAGAUGUGCCCAAAAAUUUUUCAGAGACAGUUUCUUUUUUUUUUUGGUGUUUAAAAGGGGAUGGAGGCAGGAGAUUGCAUCCAGACCCAGUGUAUUGUGAAGCAAGGGCGCCACUUGCGCCAUGUACCACGCAAUAAGGCAACAUGCAUUGAUAUAAUUAGUGUCAUCCUUAAAACACUAAUAAGCAUUGCAGAAGUGUUAAGUGUGUGAGAUGCAGCUGCUCAACAAGGGAAAAUAUAAAAUGGCUGCAGCGUCUUGCUUGCCCUUGAUGUCUCUGCAAACUGCGCUUCUGGAAUUGCUGCUGAGCGGUCUGUCUUACACUGAGAGGAUGCAUGGCACACUGCAAAACAAGAGAUUUGCAGUAAUGCCAGGUAAAAACUCUCGCGUCGGUUACCCACGAUGUCGUAGAUUUGAUAGCGUGUGAUAUAGGGUAGCUAAAAUAGUAGUGCAUAUCGAAAAAAAGAUAAGGGUAUUAAAUGAAAAUUUGGGUCCAACACCUAAUUGUGGGCCUUUCUUGUGUGGCAGGAGCCCAUACAUGUGAAAAUAAUACCAAGAAACUCUUGACGUAACCAUUACGCCACAAGUGCCGCAGUUUGUGUGCAAAAUUGAAAACAAGAACGUUGGCCUCUGCUGCGUCCGCAAAAAAAAAAAAGCAACGCUUCCUGCUGAAUGGGCAUGGGUAAUGUUUUGAUAAUAUAAGAUGGUGGUUUAGGCCAACUAAGCUUUGCUCUUUAUUGUCACUCUAAAACAGGGCUCUCAAAGACACAGCCGCAAAGCUGAUGUCUGUAGUUCUUUACAGUUCUUUGAUGUCUGCAGUUCUUUAAAAGGCCCCUCACCAGGCCCCAUUGAAAAUUUGAGUUAUGCAAUGGAGGUUGUGAAGUGACCGUCUUGGUGCUAUUCUACCACAAUAAUUUUUUCUAAUUGGUUUGUUAUCACAGGAGGUAGGAAAAAUCUAAAUAUUGUGUUGCCUUGCUGCCAGGCAGUUUCACUGCCAACAUAGACGCACUCUCCCUUAGGCUCAACUAGCCUCAGCAAGCAGCAGUCCGUCCCUGCCUUCUAUCAUACCAGAUCCGAGGCACUUUGUGACGUUCAACUCAAGAGCCCCCCCUUCUUGCUUUGCUGCUAUAGCAGUUAUGUAGAUACCCCAGGCGCAUCUCUGCUGUCGGCGCCGCCAUCACCGUGAUGUUCUGUAUAAAGUACAAGGGCGAUAGCAUCUUCACCGCACACUGUGUGCUGUAUGUGCGAGGGAGCCAACGAUUAGAGCUCAAUUUCGCAUGCACAAGGGAGGAAAGCGGUGAGGAAGCGCACUGUCUUCUGUUGCGUGCACAGUAUCGGGGGAGGGGACAUUCUACACCAGCGGCUGCUGCGUGGGACCUAUUAUGAAAGCUCUCGGCGAUGGGGACAGCAUGCCGAGUGCUGAUAGCUUUGUGUGCUCUGUCUUUUCG